AUGGCAGAAGGUGAGGAAGGUGGCGACGAUGCCCAAGUCCCACCCGUCCGCCUCUGGGUACGGCGGAUGGGCGUCUACUGCGAUGAGAACCAAGCAACAUGGCUGGUGGCCCCAGAAGAGGAAGGAGGGACGCUAAAAGCCCGGAUCAGAAGAAUCCCUGUGCCCCUGGGCGAAGCCGUUCGCCCCAGCCGCCUUCCUGCUUCUCAGCUGCCCCACAUGUGGCAGCUCUCGGAGGGGCCGCAGUACCGAGACAGUAACUCUCGCAUCUGGGGCAUCGAACACCACUUAACGGUCAUGGGAGUGGAAGAGCUGUUGUUGCAACUCCUGACCAGCAAUUAAACCCGGAGCUGCAAACACUAGGACAGUCGUCCUGUUGUGUUUUUUUAAUGUGUUAACUCCUAGCACUCAAAAUGCCGCUGCCCGCG